AACGAAACCGGUCUUGUCUAAAAAUAGAUUAUACAGGUAUUGAGCACACAUUUUGUGUACUUCUUUUUUCGGAACUUCGGGGUUUUAGGGCGUUUUGCUUUUAACUGCAAGCCCAUAAGACUGGAUUCCUUGUGGAAGUGUUAAUUACUCUAUUAAAGGUGAGCCCAAGCAGUCACGAUGAGGGGCAUUUCAUUGACAUGGACUGCUGUGCUGUUUCUAAGCAUUACAUAUGUUACAGCAGAAAUAAUAUGGCAAAGAGAUAUGAAUGAAUUUGAGUUUGUUGAACCACCAGGAGAUGACUAUAUAAAAAUUGAAGAAAAUAAAGCUUUUGAAACAAAUUGGAAUGGAAAAUAUAUAUACACGCUGCGAGCUGUAGAUUCAGUUACAAACAGCCCAGCUGGUAUAAUCUAUGGUUUCAACAACGCUCCAGAGGACAACACUGACACUACUUUGUCGGCUACGUCUUCUUAUUUUCGAAUCAACAGGACCUCGGGCGAAGUUUUCAUGUGCUGUAACAAGCUAGAUUAUGAGGAUCCUUCAAACAGAAAUAUUCGACUACAGCUGAUAGCGAAAAGAGAAGAUGAAUCUGACUUUAGAAAAAGAACAAGUACAUGUAGAGUGCUGGAUUUCAAUGACAAUAGACCCAAGUUUCGCAAUGACACUGUGUCAUACACCGUUAGAGAGAAUACCCCAGUAGAUGAUCCAAUCAGUGGCACCCUGGCGAUAAAGAACAUAGUAAUGACUGAUGUUGAUAACGUACGUUCAGCAGGUGUCAACUAUUUAAGAGCAAGCGUCCUUUUCUGUACUAUAAGCAAUGAAGAAGUGCCAUGCAGUGAUAGGUUUAGGCUGAACGCUACUGCAUUAAACGAAAAAAAGUUUAAUGGUGAUUUGUAUGUCCUUAAACCGCUGGAUUAUGAAGUGGCCGGUGUAUUUCAAGUUGUUAUAACAGUUGAUGAUGGUUACUUUAAUCAACGAUAUGAUGUUACUGUCAAUGUUAUAGAUGAACAAGAUUUGGGUCCCAUUUGGACUGUGCUGCCAAACAGGAUCACCAUUCUAGAUCAACCAGCGUUGUCACUUGGUGAUACAAUGUUUAUUCAGGACAUACAGAUUCAAGCUGAAGACCAGGACACUGGAAAAAGAGCUAUAUUUUAUGAAAUCAUACCAAGUGAUUACCAAGGUAUACCUAUACAGAAUGUAUGGGAAAUAAAUAACAGAACUGGCAUCAUAACAAAUAAAGUUAAUCUGGAUUUGGAAGAUACAACUUACUUUCGCUCAUACGAUCCAAAGAUUUUGCGAGAUUUGUGGCUAAUUAGGGUGAAGGCAUGUGAAAUCAUAAGUGAAAAUCCAUUUAAACUUGGGAAUGAUUCUGAGUGCACAACUAUCGGUACUGUUCCUGUUUCAAUCAAGGAUGUGAAUGACAACCGACCAAUAUUAGACAGAGGGCUUUAUGUUUAUUCUUUAUUAGAGACUGCGCCUUCUGGAUUUAUUCUGAAUGAUCCCCCAAUUAUUCCUUUUGAUGGGGAUACGGAAUUGUAUAACGCAUUCACUAGUGAGUUUAUUGGAAACAGUGAAGAGUUUGAGGUCGGCGGCAUACCAACAGCACCUCAUAUUCAAGUGAAGAACUCGGAUUUGAUUGAUUAUGACCGAGGACCGAAGAUGUAUCGACUGACUUUGAGAACAUAUGAUAUAGAUGACAAUUCCAAAUCAUCAGUGGCAGAAAUUCUUGUCAAUAUUCUUGAUGUCAAUGACAAUAGACCUACUUUCCCACAAGCAGCUUACAAUGCCACCAUUCCAGAAGAUUCUCCUGUCGGCACAGCUGUGAAGAGAAUUCAGGCAACUGAUAUUGAUAGUGGAGAGUUUGGUACAGAUGGAAUAAGAUAUGAACUCUAUGGAUCCUACUUAGAUCUAUUCACAAUUAACUCAGAAACAGGUUUAGUCGAGGUUGCUUCCUGCGAUACAUAUGGUGUGAGGCCAUGCUUAGACUAUGACACUGCCCCUACUAUUUAUAGAUUAACCAUAAGAGCAAGGGACAGUAAAGGAAGUCUAAAUGGGAAGUUUUCAACGGUGUCUCUGAACGUAUAUUUGACAAAUGUUAACGAUAAUCCACCUGUGGUUGGAGAUUAUGAAAGAGAAAUAAUAGAGAAUGAAAGAGAAUUUGAUCCAGAACUUAAAGUACAGGGAACAGAUUUGGAUGGACCUCUGACUCAGCUAGAAUACAGUAUCGAGUCACAAAGUCCUGGACAGUUCUUUGCUAUCAAUCCAAGUACAGGAGUUAUUUUUGUCAACAAACCAAAUGGAGCUGGCAUUAAAUACGUUGACGGCAAACCCGACGGAAGUGGUGGAAGCAGAUUUGAAGUUCUAGUAACAGUUACAGAUGGUAAAUACACUGCUAAUUCCAAAGUGUCUAUUUCUGUGAGGGAUAUAAAUGACAAUGCACCAAAUUUCAUUCCAAGUUACUAUGAGAUCAGCAUAAAUGAAACAACUCCACCAGGUACAUCUCUUCUACAGUUGACCGCUGUGGAUGCUGAUGACCCAACAUCUGAUAAUGGCAAAUUAGAGUACACUAUAACCACAGGAAAUUUAGGUGGGAAGUUUGGGGUGAAUAGAAUAACAGGAGAGGUAUUUGUAACGGAAGGUGCCGUGUUUGACUAUGAUGUCAUCAACAGAUAUCAAAUGCAGGCUGUUGUAAAUGACAAAGGUACUAAUCGUCUAACUGGAAAUGCCACUAUCGUUAUCAAUAUUCUAGACAACAAUAAUAAAGAUCCAUAUAUUGACCCAUUCUUACAAGAGUUUACAGUCUAUGAUGAUGCUCUGCCAGGUUUUAAAGUUGGAAGCAUAAAAGCGUAUGAUCCUGAUUUAGAUGCAUUACUGAGAUACGUAUUUACUGAGCCGAAAGAAGCCAGUUCAAAUGAAGGCAAUGUUGUGGAUCCUAAUAUUGUUGAUUUUAGGGAUCUCUUUACAAUUGAAUAUGAAACUGGUGACAUAUAUGUAAACAAGGAACUCAGCAGCGUACUAACAGCUAUUGUUUCUUACGGGGUAGAGGUUCGUGACAUCACACCUACUCCAUAUCAGGUCGGGCCAGGAAGAAUCGUCAUUUAUGUAUUACCUUUCAAUAAAGUUCCGCCGCGGUUUGACCCAUACGAGACUCCAAUUUAUAUUAAUGAGGAACAACCUAUUGGAAGCGUGAUAUUGAGUUUCAUUGCUCAAGAUGACAAUGGAAUAAGGAUGUAUACUAUUUUUGAGCAGCCCGAUGACAACUUUGUUGCAAUUAACCCUAACACGGGGUCAGUAAGUAUAUUGAAUAGGAUCGAUUAUGAUGAUGCCCGCCAGGUGUUCAAUACCUAUUUCAAAGCCAUGGCCAUUGAUCUCGGAGACCCUGAGUUGAGUGCAACAGCUUCGGUCAGUGUCAUCUUUAUGAAUAUCAACGACAAUUUCCCAGAAUUCAUUGAUCCGAUCCGUGGAACCAAGAAGAACAUUUACACAGCUAGAAUACCGGAGAAUUCACCUGAUGGUACAUUUAUUGCUACCGCUUAUGCCUUUGAUAAGGACUACCCGGAUAACAACACUUACGACCAGGUUCGGUACUUUAUGGACGAUGACAGAUUUGAUGUAGAUCCAAUGAAUGGAACAAUAUUUGUACGUCUACGUAAUGGUGCAGUGUUGGACAGAGAGAAGAAUGCACGUCUUAAUGCACGUGUCUUUGCCAUUGAUAACCCGAAAGGACCAGCUUCUAAUCAGAACAGAAGAGCCGCCUCGGUGCAAGUAGUGUUAACUGAUGUAAAUGACAACUGCCCGGCAUUCUCAAGUAACGAAUAUCAAGUGACGAUCUUCGAAACUAUUGGCGUUGGAACUGAUAUAUUACAGUUAUUCUCGACUGACCGAGAUAUUGGAGAAAAUGCUAUAGCUUACUACAGUAAAAUCAGUGGUUCCGGCACAGAUUAUGACGAUUUCUUCGAUGUCAGACGAGAGUUUGGACGUGUUUACGUGAAAAGAAGUUUAGUACGACAUACAGGAACAUAUCGGUUCUUUAUACGAGCCACAGAUAACGUUGGAUCUGGAUGUUCUAAAAACACGACUGUGAUUGUGAAAGUGAUGCCGUCUGCCAAUGCUCCACCAAUAUGGGUUAUACCUCCGAUUGACAAUAUGACUAUAUUUGUACUAGAGGAGCAGUACAACGGAAUGUUGGUAUAUGACGUGUCGGCUCGAGAUGAGGAUUCCGGAGUGAACGGUCUCGUAGAUUACAGUUUCAUUUACAACGGAAUAGAUACCCAGGCUACACCAGAUUUUAAAAUUAACAAGGUUACAGGGGUUAUUCAAGCUGAGAUUGUAUACGACAGAGAAAAGGUUGACAAAUAUGUGCUGUUAUUGAAGGCUAGAGAUAAUGGUAAAACUCGACUGGAAACAACUCGUUUCCUGACAGUGGUUGUACUUGAUGUCAAUGAUAAUUAUCCAGUGUUUAAUGAAAGAGAGUACCAAAUUGACAUCACUGAGAAUGAACCUUUAGGAGAUAUCAAACAGAUACCGUCUGCCACUGACCUUGACCUGAAUCCAGUCAUUUAUUAUGAUAUAAUCUCUGGAAAUGAAGACGGUGUGUUCGAACUUGAUAGAAAUACUCGAAUGUUGAGUCUGGUCAAACCAGUUGACCGAGAGUCAAAAGGAAUCUAUUACAUUGACGUUCAAGCGACCAACGGUGAAGCAGACUAUACUGUCAUUCGUAACCGACGGCGUCGUGCAGCUGAUCUGAGCAUUAUAACAUUGAAGAUUAUUAUCGGAGACAUCAAUGAUUUAGCACCUGCUUUCUUGCAAGAUGAAUAUUAUGGAUGUGUGUCAGCGCGCGCUCCCUAUGACAAGCACAUUCUGACGGUACAAGCUGUUGAUCGUGACGCUAUUGGUACCCCUGUCGUACGAUACAGCGUCAUCGGUGGUAACGUAGUUAGAAAUAAGACACUGUUUGACAUUCAUCCGAAGUUUGGUGUUGUAACAAAUAAGGUUCUGAUGAGGAGUUAUGCUGAUACUACAUUCUUUAUAACAAUAAAUGCUCGUGAUCGAGAAGAUAGUGAGACUGCCGAAUCAGCAAACACUGUUGCUAAGGUAUUUGUAAAUCAACCAGGCAAUGAGGUGAAACUGUUGAUUACACAGAACACUGGUGAAGUACGUCUAUAUCAGUCACAAAUUCAGAGCAUUUUAGAGGAAGCGACAGAUUUGACUUAUGUGUGUAUAAAUGACAUACAAGAUCAUGUAGUGGACUCAGUUGGUUCAGUUACUACAUUAUGGUCUGAUGUCUACAUCACUGGUAUAAGGAGAGAAGUUGUAGAUGGUAAUGACAGAUUUAUAAUCUUGUCAAACACGGAGAUGAAGAACAUUGUUAAUAGGGAGAGAUAUGAUAGAAAAUCUGACUUUGAUCUUCUGUAUAUCAAAGAAGUUGAGGCGGCCAGUAGCAGUCAGGAGAUAGAGCUGGAGGAUCAGGCAGUGCUUAUUAUACUUAUCAUUAUUGCUGUUCUUAUUUUCCUCGUCAUCAUUUUCUGCAUCGUUGCAUUCUUAUGCAUCCGUGCUGCCAAACGUCAGAAGAAAGCCAUGUUGUUACACAAAACACAUGCAACGCCACCUCCCCAGAUGAUGAUUGAACAAGAACCUGUAAUUGUUGAACCAGUAAUUUAUGAUAAUCGUGCAUUUGUUACUGAAGAGCAAAACAUAGUGAUCCAGGAUGAUCCACCGAGGGUAGUUCAGCCAGAUCCUGUGCAUGUGCAAUAUGCCGUCGUUCAGAAACGUUCACCAUCUCCUCAGUACGUUGAAGAGACGACGUAUUUUGAGGAUGAUCAAGACGCCAUCGUUGUCGAAUUGAAGGACGACGUUCCCAGACAGCAAGAUGUUUAUGACACUGAACCAGAGUAUAGAAUAGAAACUGAAGUUGUAACCGAUCAAGAGCGAAUGUAAAGAUAAAAAUGCUACACUAUAUAAUAUACAUGUGCGUAACUCAAUAAAAUGAUGUCAAUAAUACAAAACUAUACAAAUGUUAAAGACAAUGAGAUGUUGUGACAGUUAUCAUGGUGUCAUGACACAAGA